AUGAUGACUACACAACUCUCUUCUUAUAAAUGCAGAAUAACCGGGCUUUGCUAUAAGCUAGAUACGGUACUCUCGCGUUUCGAAGAGGAGAAAUUAGAGACCCUGAAGGUUUCGGAUAGUGACCGCACUCCAGGGUAUGAAAGGGAAUGCCAGAAAAAAAUCCAUGAAGGACUUGGAGCAAUCGAGGCAUGCACUUCAAAGAUCGAACAAACUUGGCAAGAGUAUGGAAACGCGUUAAGUCAAUUGAAUAGUCCGCCCAAAUCGGAAUCCGACGACUACGAGACGUAUUCCAAUCGAGCCGACGGAGUCCUCAGUGCAGCACUCGACUAUACAGUCAUAUUGGAAGCGAGGUUGCGCGCGUUCAAGGCAAAUAUAGGAGCCAUUCAAGAGGAGAACUACAACAAAGCGGUAGAGUUCCUGAAAGAGAAAUAUGGGAACUCAGAGGAGCUCGUCAGUCGCUUAAUUGACCGCUUGGAAAAAAUCACGUCGCGUUCAUCGUCUAUCAAGGAUCAACGCGUCCUUCUGGAGCAAGUCCAAGUCAUAGUAUCGCAGCUUCAGAACAAAGGGGAACAAGUAGAUAGUCACUGGCUUUUGAAGCAAGUUUUGUCAAAAUUUUCAGUUAGUCUGCAAAGAAGAGUCUUGGAAAGGAAGUAUUCCAUGGAGGGAUCCUUUCACAUGUACACUCUUCUCAAAAAUUUGGAGGAUAUCAUCAACAGCGAAGAACAGAUUGAGCUGUAUACCUCCAAAACCCUCACGCCUCCUCUAGUGGAACCUAAGAAGGAGAGAAACCACAAAGGACAGUUUCAACGCGUGGGUAACACUCCGAGUUACUUGUGCAUGUACUGUGGAGCUGACCACAAAUCAAGAGCAUGCACUAAGUACGACACUCCUCAGGACAGAGCGAAAUACCUGAGAGAACACAAA